UCGUCAAGACACCAACAACAAAGUUAAAUCAUGGCAAUGGUCUGGGCAUCGCUCCUUGUGUCUGGCGUCCUGUGUAUAAGUUCCCAGUACAUUAAUGUGAAUGAAAAAGACGACUGUGCCAGUCACGGAGAGGUAAAAGAACGAAUUAAAGGACUUCUGAAGCAACAAGAAAGGAUCCAAAAAUCUGUAGAUUCUCUCAUUCAGAUGGUGAAUAGACUGGAUGAAAAUAUGACCAGAAUCCAUAAAGAUGUCCAAAUCGUCAAGAAAGAAUUAAUUCUAGAUGUAGUGGAUUGUCAGGAUCUCUUUAUCAAAGGAUACCAGCAAUCUGGACAAUAUACUGUUUAUCCUUGUGGUAUUCAGAGCCCCGUUAACGUAUAUUGUGACAUGGUAACAGAACGGGGAGGAUGGACGGUAAUCCAGAAACGAGUCAGUGGGGAUAUACAUUUUGACAGAACAUGGGCGGAGUAUAAGAAUGGAUUCGGUCACCCUAAUGAUUCUUACUGGAUUG